AUGUUCAAUCCCUUUAGCAGAAAAGAUUCAAAAGGAGAAGCCCAUCAAAACAGAUAAAAAGCAAUUGAAAAAUUAAGUGUUUUGUAAAAUAAGUAAGAUGCCUUUAUUGCUAUAAAAGAAUUAGAACAUAACUUAUAUAAGCAUUGCUUUAAGAAAUGCCUUAAAUUAGAUGACUAGCUAUUUUAAGAUGAAGAAAGAGAUUGUUUAACAAAUUGCAAUGCUAAGAUUGCUUAAUUCCUUUAAAUUUCCAAGGAUAAUUUCUCAAAUGUUGAAUAAAACAUCUAAGUCCUCAAAUAAAUGGUAAAAGGAAAACCUUCUAUUUGA